GAACUCAAGGAGUUUAGACUUUUAGAUGGGAGCGACCUAUAAAUGAACAGAAAAGCGUUCUAGGUACUUAAUCAGUGACUUUUUCCACUGAAAAGGAGGACAAGGGGCCUUGUUUGUUUUACUGGCUGCUGUUGUCUAAUUCCUAGUGGCACUCAGUAUUUCUUAAGUGAAUGACUAAAUGCUAAGAUCGUUAUACAGAGGGAGCUAAGGGAGCCCCCAUAAUAGGGGCCUCUGCCUAGUUUUAUGUGUGGCUGGAGCGUGGGAUGUCCCUUCAGAGAUAUCACCAAAAAAUUCCUGGAAGAUGGCCUAUGCAGUGAGUCCCGGGAAAUAAAGGAAAUGAGGUAAAAGUGGCCUUGGGGGUUGCUUGGGAGUUCCCACGUGACGUUGAGGAACUUCUGGGAACAGGUUUGGGAUGCCAAGAAUAGACCCGUGCGCAGAGGGAAGGGCCUUGGAGACAUUUCCACUUUAGUUUCUAUAACAGUAUGCUGACCUGUUAACAACGUGUCCUCUAUUCCUGCUCCACUGGUCACUCCGGGAUGCAUCUGUUUGUCACCCCGCUGCUCAGCAUGAUGGCGGGGAUGGAGCAGCUCCUCCGGGUUAAGGCGGGGAUGAAUAAACGAACGAACGAAUGCAGAACUGCCGUGGGAGCACCGUGCCAAGACGGCGGCUUCUGGACGGCAGGGAAGUUCGGGCACCCAUACAAGCUGUGCAGAGACUUAGAGGCUUAACUCGUGGUAAGGCGAGUUUGGUCAGCGUCACCUCUCAGAAAUAAAACCAGAGACACGACGUGGGGACGGGGGGGGGGGGGGUCAAAGUGCAUCCCCAGCGGGAAGGUGAAGAAACACUUAAGAACUGAUGCGGGUUUGUAAUUCCCAGGUCUGAUGCGCAAUAGGGGAAGGCUCCAGGCUGGGGAACUACGCGGUGCCGGGCGUAGCAGGGACAGGAGCACACCGUCGGGUUGCACUUGAGCCGGCUCAGAAACGAGCGACAGCAAAGCGCAGAGGAGGGGCUGCGGCCCGGGACUCCGCGUUCGGCGCGGGAGAGGCGGCCCGGUGACCUCCAGCGCUGCCGCGGGCCCGGGCCCGGAACGCGGGUCGCCGCCUCCUGGAUCCCGCCGGACGCAUUUCCAAACGCACCGGCGAGCGCCCGGCGGCGGCGGAGCGUCUCCCGUCACCCAGAGGGGGCGGCCCGGCCGUAGGGAGAGAAGGGUGGGGCCAGCCGUGCCUCCUCCAGAGCCUCCGCUCGGGCUGGACAGACCCGCUGCAGCACAGGCUUCUCUUCAGCAGACCAUCAGUGGACCUGGCAGCCUCCGGAGGCGCGGAUGCGAGUCCCGCCCGCCGCCCGGACACAGCCUCCGGGGCCGCACGCUUCUCUCCGAGCAGCGGGAGGACGGCCAGGUUCCCGGCGAGAUGGGCAGCUGCCAAAAAAAGCACAAACAACGGAAGGAUGGAUACCAUUGCAUAUGUUAAAAGCAUAUUAAAAGGAAAAUAAGCCAGGGGUCUCAGCAUGAAUCAGGCUAGGUCUAGAUCAGACGGUGGUGAGGAAGAAAGCUCAUCUCGAGACCAGAAUCAUCAGGAAAAUGAGAGAAGGUGGCAGCAGGAGCGUCUCCGUCGAGAAGAAGCCUACUAUCAGUUCAUGAAUGACCUCAGUGACGAAGACUAUCGGCUGAUGAGAGACCAUGACCUCUUAGGCACCCCCGGAGAAAUAACAUCAGAAGAAUUACAGCAGCGGUUAGAUGGCCUCAAGGAACGUCUAGCAUCUCAGCCUGACUUGAGAAAUGGGACAAACAGCAGAGACUCGGGAGUCCCUCGCGAAGGUUCGAACGAAGAUCCCCUGCUGGAAUGGCUGAACACCUUUCGUCGCUCGGGCAACGCGACUCGAAGCGGCCAGAGCGGGAACCAGAGCUGGCGAGCCGUGAGUCGAACAAACCCCCACAGCGGAGAUUUUCGGUUCAGUCUGGAGAUCCACAUAAACCACGAGAACAGAGGCCUGGAGAUGGACGGCGAGGACGCGCCGGGCCUGCCCCUGUCGGCUGUCGGCCGAGAGCCCAGGCCAGACCGGGACGGGCAGCGGCGAGCCAGCAGUCCCGUGGCCCGGCGGACGAGAAGCCACGCUGCGGGCGCGGGCGCUGGCGCGGGCGGUGGCGCCACCCCUCCGAGGACUAGGCGUGGCUCGAGGGGCCGGAAUCCCGUAGAAGGACCUCUGGCGGCCUCGGGAAGACUCCGAACCGGGGCUGGGGGCCCGAGUCGGGGCGCGCCUCGUGCGGGUUUCGCGGGGCCGCCCGCGGCGGGGGCGCCCAGGCCGAGGGAGGGGCAGCGCUUCGGAGCCGCCCACGUGUGGGAGCUCGGGGCCGGAAGCAAUGUCACGGUGCGGAACACAAACCAGAGACUGGAGCCCAUAAGGCUGCGCUCCGCCGGCACCAGUCGCAGCCGCUCCCCGAUCCGCAGGCAGAGCGGCCCGGUCCGUCCCACUCCCCAGAGCGAGCGUAGACCCUUGGAGCAAAGCGUUGGGCGGUCGGUGAGGAGGCGAGGUGUAACUCGGGUCUUCUUGCAGCAAGACAGAGACCGCAGGGGCACCGCGUACACCUGGUUCUCCAACUCCAGACUCAUGUCCAGAAUCACCCUGGAGGAGGAAGAGCCCAGCCGGUCCCCCCCGGCCGCCGCCCGGCGCCCUCCGACCAUCACCCUGGACCUGCAAGUGAGACGGCUCCGCCCCGGAGAGGCCAGAGACCGGGACAGCAUCGCCCACAGGACUCGGUCCAGGGUGGGGCUGGCGGAGAACGCGGUCACUCUGGAGAGCGGCGGCGGGGGCUUCCGCCGCACCAUCUCGCGCCUGGAGCGCUCGGGGAUGCGCACCUACGUGAGCACCAUCACCGUGCCCCUGCGCAGGCUGGCCGGCACCCAGCGCCUCGAACCGUCCUCGGCGGUGCUGCGGUCCAUUUUGAGGCAGAUCAUGACCGGGCUUGGCGAGCUGAGUUCUCUGAUGGAGGCCGAGGCGGAGGCCGAGGGGCCGGGAGACGCUCAGCACCUGCCCCCGACACCCUCCGGCGCCAGGCGCCCGGGCGCGGGGAGGGCGGGCAGCCAGCGCCGGGCCGCCGCUUCCUCUCCCGGCAGGCGGGCCCGCAGCCGCGAGGGCAGGGCCGCCAGGCCGGGGCCACAUUCCAGUACCUUGGUUGAAACAGGGAUGCUCCCCAUCCUUCGCCUGGCUCACUUCUUCCUGCUGAACGAAGCGGACGGGGCCGAGCGCAUCCGCGGCUUAACCAAAGAGCAGAUCGACAAUCUGUCCACCCGGCACUAUGAGCACAGCGGGCGCGACAGCGACCUCGCCAGAAUCUGCAGCGUUUGCAUCAGUGACUACGUAACUGGAAACAAGCUCAGGCAGCUUCCUUGCAUGCACGAAUUUCACAUCCACUGUAUUGACCGGUGGCUCUCAGAGAAUUGCACGUGUCCCAUCUGCCGGCAGCCUGUCCUAGGGUCCAGCACAGCAGACGAUGGCUGACGUGGUGGGGCUGCUCCAAUACCGCAUCUUAGGAGAGCUGAGUGGUCAGGCAUUCUGCUGUUGAAUUAUUUGUGAUGAGCUAACCAGGAUGAAAAAAUAACAGAUUAUUCUAGUUUGAACUAUUUUUUUGUGUGCUUUUUUUAACUUGUUAAAAAGAGAAAAUUUAUAAAAGAUUUAAAAUGCACAUGUUAUAGUAUCCUGAAAGUACAGAAUAGUUAAUAUGGCUAGAACCAAAUAACCUUUAACAUGUUUUUAUUUUGGUAAUUUUGUCAUGCUGAGCACUUUUGUAUAUGCACAAAGGCAGUAGGUUAAAAAUCGAUAUUCUUUCUGUGAAGAGUAAAGGAGACUUUGCUUAGACUUUCACGUUCCAUAGGCUUCAGGCCAUGUCCAGACCUUGGGGCCUAAGUGAGCCUUUCUUUAACUUUUUAUUCUAAGGGCAGGAUCUUUUCAUGGAAGAGUAUUAGGCUGAAUGUUUGCUAAAUGCAUUUAAGUUACUUGAAACGUUAAAUUUAAUAUGCAGCAUAUCAUAUGUGUCUAUAGAUAUAGGUAUAUAAUUUUAAGGUUAAAAUAUUCAGUCUAAAAAUUACCAGUUUGGUUCUUAUUGAAACUUUUGGGCUAUUACUGCAUAUGGCACCGUGUUUAAUAUUUACAGGAUCAUCUCUGGGAGGAAGUGAAUUAAUAGAUAUUUAAAGAUAAUUUAUGAAGCGUCUCUGACAAUCUGACUUCUUAGACAGCAAGCAAUAUAUAACACUGAACAAGUUAUUUCUUUUCUCAGAAAUGGAACAUGGACGUUUUAGGAUGUAGAGAUUAUUUAACUUGAGUUCUGCUUUUCUGUGACUUUUUUGAAAGUGCAAUUUUUUGGAUUAUGUUCAGUAAGAUAUACAGUAUGCAUGGUUUCUCAGAUUUAGUUUAAAAUAUAAAACAAGUGUCUAUAAAGAUUCAAAAGCAUAGAUAAUAUGUUUAAGUUCACUUGGAGACCAAAAACUCCAAAUAAAAGAAACAAACAAAGAAACACCUUAAGAGAAUGUAGAAUUUAUAUGAACACAAAGUAUGUGUUGAAGAUUUGUCUCCAUCAAUAAAUGCUGAAACGCGUGAACGGUC